CGCGAGCCGCGCGCAGACACCCCCCCCCUCCUCCUCCUCCUCCUCCUCGGCUGUGGCUGCUGCUGCUGCUGCUGCCGUCCGCUCUACGGUGCCUGUUGCUGCAGCCGCCACAGGACCGGCAGUGUCCUCAGCCUGGAGAAGAGGCGCCAGAUCUGCGGAGCUGUACCCUCCCAGCACCCGGCGGCGGGAAGAGCGCAGCCAGCUGGGGACGAUGGAUGCCCCGCCCGCUCAGGCCGUCCCCACCGUGCCCCCGAGCACCUGCGUGCCGCGGCCCGGCCCUGGGCUCUGAGCGCGCAGCGGCACAGGAUUCCACCUCUGAAGCGUGUCACAUAGAUUGCUUCGUCUAAAAUAGGAGAACAGAGGCAAGGUUGGGCUGUCUCCAGGUCUUUUCCUAAGAUGGAACCAAUAACAUUCACAGCAAAGAAACCUAUGUUUCCUAAUGAGAUCUCGGUGGACUUUGGCCUUCAGCUGGUGGGCUCUUUGCCCGUGCAUUCUCUGACCACCAUGCCCAUGCUGCCUUGGGUUGUGGCUGAGGUACGGAGACUGAGCGGGCAGUCCUCCAAAAAGGAGCCAGCUACCAGGCAGGUCCGACUUUGGGUUUCACCCUCCGGACUGAAAUGCGAACCUGAACCUGGGAAGAGUCAGCAGUGGGAUCCGUUGAUCUGCUCCAGCAUCUUCGAGUGCAAGCCUCAGCAUGUUCACAAACUGAUUCACAACAGCCACGACCCAAGUUACUUUGCGUGUCUGAUUAGGGAAGAUGCCGCCCAUCGGCAGAGUAUCUGUUAUGUCUUCAAGGCCGAUGAUCAAACAAAAGUGCCUGAGAUCAUCAGCUCCAUCCGCCAGGCUGGGAAGAUCGCCCGCCAGGAGGAGCUGCGCUGCCCCUCGGAGUUUGACGACACGUUUGCCAAGAAGUUUGAGGUGCUCUUCUGCGGCCGCGUGACAGUGGCUCACAAGAAGGCCCCCCCAGCGCUGAUUGACGAGUGCAUCGAGAAGUUCAACCACGUCAGCUGCAACCAGCGGGCAGACUGGGACCGGGCACCAGAGCCCCGCAGGCCCAUGCGCAAGUCCUUCUCCCAGCCCGGCCUGCGCUCUCUGGCCUUCAGGAAGGAGUUUCAGGAUGCCAACCUCCGAAGCGGCAGUUUCUUCAGUUCUUUUGAGGAAAAUGACAUUGAGAACCACCUGAUUAGUGGACACAAUAUUGUGCAGCCAACAGAUAUUGAGGAAAAUCGAACUAUGCUCUUCACGAUUGGCCAGUCUGAAGUUUACCUCAUCAGUCCUGACACCAAAAAAAUAGCACUGGAGAAAAAUUUUAAGGAGAUAUCCUUUUGCUCUCAGGGCAUCAGACACGUGGACCACUUUGGGUUUAUCUGCCGGGAGUCUUCGGGAGGUGGUGGCUUCCAUUUCGUCUGUUAUGUGUUCCAGUGCACAAAUGAAGCUCUGGUUGAUGAAAUCAUGAUGACCCUGAAACAGGCUUUCACCGUGGCUGCAGUGCAGCAGAUGGCAAAAGCGCCAGCCCAGCUGUGUGAGGGCUGCCCCUUGCAGGCCCUGCACAAGCUCUGUGAGAGGAUAGAGGGAAUGAAUUCUUCCAAAACCAAACUAGAACUCCAAAAACACCUGACAACAUUAACUAAUCAGGAACAGGCAACUAUUUUUGAGGAGGUUCAGAAAUUGAGACCAAGGAGUGAGCAGCGAGAGAAUGAAUUGAUCAUUUCUUUUUUGAGAUGUUUGUAUGAAGAGAAGCAGAAAGAACAUAUCCACGUCGGGGAGAUGAAGCAGGCAUCACAGAUUGCAGCAGAAAAUAUUGGAAGUGAAUUGCCAGCCAGUGCCACUCGAUUUAGGCUAGAUAUGCUGAAAAAUAAAGCAAAGAGAUCUUUAACAGAGUCUUUAGAAAGUAUUUUGUCCCGGGGUAAUAAAGCCAAAGGCCUGCAGGAACACUCUACCAGCGUGGAUCUGGACAGCUCUGUGUCUAGCACAUUAAGUAACAUCAGCAAAGAGCCGUCUGUGGGUGACAAGGAGGCCUUGCCCAUCUCUGAGAGUUCCUUCAAGCUUCUUGGCUCUUCGGAUGACUUGUCCAGUGACUCGGAGGGCCAUUUCACAGAAGAGCCUGCUUCGCUUUCCCCCCAGCAGACCUUCAGGAGGCGAGCAAACACCCUGAGUCAUUUCCCGGUGGGAUGCCCAGAACUUCCAGAGCCCACUCAGGGCUCUCCAGGGGUCUCUCAGAGAAAACUUAUGAGGUAUCACUCAGUGAGCACAGAGACGCCUCACGAACGAAACGUGGACCAUCCACCCGUGGGCGAGUCUAAGCCUUGCUCAGGCCAGCCUUCGGCGCCUGCUCCUCCACUUCGUCUUAACCCCUCCGCCUCCUCGCCAAACUUUUUUAAGUACCUAAAACAUAAUUCCAGUGGAGAACAAUGUGGGAAUGCUGUGCCGAAGAGCAUCUCGUACCGUAAUGCCCUGCGGAAAAAACUUCAUUCUUCCUCCUCUGUGCCAAAUUUUCUAAAAUUUCUGGCUCCUGUAGAUGAAAAUAACACCUCUGACUUUAUGAACACAAAAAGGGACCUUGAAUCCAAAGCAAACCACGUUGGUGACUCUGGUGGGACCCCAGUGAAGACCCGGAGGCACUCAUGGAGGCAGCAGAUAUUCCUGCGUGUGGCCACCCCACAGAAGGCAUGCGACUCCCCUGGCAGAUACGAGGAUUAUUCAGAGCUGGGAGAGCUUCCCCCACGGUCUCCUUUAGAACCAGUAUGUGAAGAUGGACCCUUUGGCCCUGUACCAGAGGAAAAGAAGAGGACAUCACGGGAGCUUCGUGAGCUGUGGAAAAAGGCUAUUCUGCAACAGAUACUGCUUCUCAGAAUGGAAAAGGAAAAUCAGAAGCUACAAGCCUCUGAGAAUGACUUGCUGAACAAGCGCCUGAAGCUCGAUUAUGAAGAAAUCACUCCUUGUCUUAAAGAAGUAACUACAGUGUGGGAAAAGAUGCUUAGCACUCCAGGAAGAUCAAAAAUUAAAUUUGAUAUGGAAAAAAUGCACUCGGCAGUUGGACAAGGUGUGCCUCGUCAUCACCGGGGUGAAAUCUGGAAAUUUCUAGCAGAGCAGUUCCACCUUAAACAUCCGUUUCCCAGUAAACAGCAACCAAAGGAUGUGCCCUACAAAGAGCUCCUAAAGCAGCUAACCUCCCAGCAGCACGCCAUUCUUAUUGACCUCGGGCGAACCUUUCCAACACAUCCGUAUUUCUCUGCCCAGCUCGGAGCAGGGCAGCUGUCACUUUACAACAUUUUGAAGGCCUACUCACUUCUAGACCAGGAAGUAGGAUACUGCCAAGGCCUCAGCUUUGUGGCAGGCAUUUUGCUUCUUCAUAUGAGUGAGGAAGAGGCGUUUAAAAUGCUCAAGUUUUUGAUGUUUGACAUGGGACUACGGAAGCAAUAUCGGCCAGACAUGAUAAUUUUACAGAUCCAGAUGUACCAGCUGUCUCGGCUUCUCCACGACUACCACAGAGACCUCUACGAUCACCUGGAGGAGCACGAGAUCGGCCCCAGUCUCUAUGCUGCACCCUGGUUCCUCACCGUGUUUGCCUCGCAGUUCCCACUGGGCUUCGUAGCCAGAGUCUUUGAUAUGAUCUUUCUUCAGGGGUCAGAGGUCAUAUUUAAAGUGGCUCUAAGUCUUUUGGGAAGCCAUAAGCCCUUGAUUCUGCAGCAUGAAAACUUAGAAACCAUAGUGGACUUUAUCAAAAACACACUACCUAACUUGGGCUUGGUACAAAUGGAGAAGACCAUCAAUCAGGUGUUUGAGAUGGACAUCGCUAAACAGUUACAGGCUUAUGAAGUUGAGUACCAUGUACUUCAAGAAGAACUUAUUGAUUCCUCUCCUCUCAGUGACAACCAAAGAAUGGAUAAAUUAGAGAAAACCAACAGCAGCUUACGCAAACAGAACCUUGACCUCCUUGAGCAAUUGCAGAUGGCAAAUGGUAGGAUCCAGAGCCUCGAAGCCACAGUAGAGAAGCUCCUGACCAGUGAGAGCAAGCUGAAGCAGGCCAUGUUGGCUCUGGAGCUGGAGAGGUCCGCCUUGCUUCAGGUGGUGGAGGAGCUGCGGAGGCAACCUGCAGAGCCAGGCACUAGGGAGCCAGACUGCACCCAGCCCGAGACCUCGGGGGACUAAUGGUUCCGGAGAAAUUGUACACUAUCCCAACACUGUCCAGGCCUUAACUAGGAGAGACAGAAGAUGCUGGAGGGAGAAAACAAAGCGUGAAGCAAACUUCUCAGGGAGGAAACUGGCUUGCCAACAUGCAGAUUCUUUUGAGCUCAAACUUGCAAUAUAGAGGGCCCACAUCCCAGUUUUUUUUUUUUAUUGUUUUAGGUUGUGAUUUGUCCCUUCUCCAGCUUGAUUACUGUACUCAGUAGCUUUAGAUGGCAUGGACGUGAAUAAAUGCACCUUUACUUUUCCUGGUUAUUUCCUCUUUGAGUAGCACUAUGUUGUAAAGAGCAUUUGUAAUACUGGGUUCCAGAAGCAGGAGAGGCUCAAAGAUGAUUCCUCAGGCAGAGUGUGAGUCUGUUAUUCAAGAGAGGGUUUGCGUGACCACACCCGUGAGGUACAGUUGGCCCUUGUCUAUUCUUAUCAUGGAAACCUAAGAUGACCCUAGGGAAGGACUGAAAUUGAUUUAUUUAAAUUGGACAUCUUGAUCACUUUUAAGUAAACCUGGCUGCUAUCCUUGGUAUUUAAGGAAGUUUGUCUUUUUAAAGAAAUUGAGUGUUUCCAUACAAAUUUGCUGGUCUUUUAAGUGUGGGUGAUCAAAGUCAUGGUAGAUAAUAUUUUCAGGGAGAUCACCAGUGUUUAGACUCCAGCUGUGUGGCUGGCAUGUGGCCCGCAGUGGUGCAGCCCGAGGUGUUUGCUUUUCGUGGAGGUUGCAUUUCAUACUAUGGAGUCAUGUAUUUGUCCUUUCCUAUUGUGUGAUGUACUGCAGCCAUGUGUUCCUUGGAGUCAUGUCUUUUUGAACUCUUUUGAGUUCUUUCCACCCCUUGGAUAUCUAGUUCCUUGCAGAAAGACAGGGCACAUUGAGAUUUUUAGGGGUGUCCAAGAUUCUGGGACUU